AUGAAGUUCCAGCUUGCGCUUGCCCUGGCGGCCGCGCCCAUAGCAUCCGCUCAUUAUUUCUUCCCCAAUUUCAUCGCCAAUGGCAACUUCACCAAGUAUUUCGAAUACGUGCGUGAGGAUACCCAGGGCUACAUGCCUUACAAGGGCGGCUACGACAGCACCGACUUCCGCUGCAAUGUUGGUUCACAGGACUUUGCCAGCAAGACCGACGUCUAUAAGGUCAAGGCCGGCGACACCAUUGGCUUCGGCACCGAUUUCGGCGCGUUGAUCGAGCAUCCCGGACCGAUGCAGGUAUACCUGUCGAAGGCGCCUGGGGACGUGCGUGACUUUGACGGGUCCGGCGACUGGUUCAAAAUAUAUGAGUUAGGCCCGACAUCGUUCGGCAGCGAUGGCAUCGAAUGGGGAGUUACGGGUAGAUCAAAUUUCACUUUCACCCUGCCCAAGGAGACCCCUGCCGGUCAAUACUUGGUUCGCAUCGAGCAUAUUGCCCUACAUGGCGCCGGUGAGUGGGGUGGCGCGGAGCUCUACUUCAACUGCGCGCAGAUUGAGGUCGAGAGCGAUAGCACCGCCAUUCCCUAUCCCGUUGUCCAGAUCCCGGGAGUCUAUGAUGGAUAUGAACCUGGCAUUCUCUUCUACAUGUAUCGCCCCUAUUGGACCAACUACACCAUGCCCGGGCCUCGCGUAUGGCCGGACGGUGGCUCCAACGUGGUCAAGGCUGCUGGGGUUUCUGUCGCCCCGUCAGGCUCCUGGUCUGCAUCGGCUGUGACUGCCACUGUAUCGGACUCUGCUGCCAUUCACCCCGUCUCGUCUAGCUCGGUCUUUUCUUCCACAACACCCGGGGUGGCUGUUGCAGAAACGACGACAUCUUCAACGCCCGUGCGCAGCCUCGCUGCCAGCACUUCUCUGACCUCACCAACUUCCUGCAACCUUGAACCGGUUUACGUGACUGUGACUGAGACGACAACUGUAACGACUCAGGCGAACAGCAUGCCUACGAGUAAUGCGUGUGGCCCACAAACAACCGUUACCGCUACUGUGACCACCACAACCACCAUCACCCCCAAGGCUUCUGCCGUUUAG